AUGCAGUCAGUGAGCGGUUACACGCUCACGGAACUCCUGGGGAAAGGCACCUACGGUGAGGUAUUUAAGGCUAUUGAUCGAGUAAGUUGCAUCAUUUUUAUGAAUAUCCACGAUAGCAAACGCGAAACACGGCAGCCGUGAAACGAAUAUCCAAGAAGACCCUCUGUGCUCGUGCUGUUGACAAUCUGAUAGAAGAAAUUAGAAUACUGAAGGAACUGCGGCAUCGAAAUAUCACUCAACUCAUUGAUUUUACUGUACCCUUCUCUUUCCUUGUCUAACAUCUGCCUCUUUAGUGGGACUCAAACUAUGUAUAUAUGUUUAUGGAAUAUCUGUCAGGGGGUGAUCUUAGUCACUUUCUUAGGUCACAAAAACGCUUGCCCGAGCGCGUUAUUCGGUACUUUCUCCAGCAACUUGGUAAGUUACCCAUUGCCUUGUGCUCACUUGGCCUUUUAGCAUUUGCGCUUCAUUACCUCUUUCAUAAGAAUAUCGUCCACAUGGAUAUUAAGCCGCAAAACAUCCUCCUCACCUCUUCCACCCCUCCUACCCUCAAGAUCACAGGUUAGUCGCCGGAGCCAUCUUAUAUUUUCUCGCUUGUAUCCUGGGGUUGGGAGACCUGUUUCUUACCAGUUUGCCGUCUCCAAGUCUUGUUUGAAGCCGUGAUGCGUACCCUCCCUCCGGAUGUUAUCCAAGGAACCUCCACGGCGGUUGCGCUUAGCUCUCUGAUUAAAUCAUCACACCGAACAGCCAUAUUGUUAGUCAAGUUAGUACAGCGACUAACAAACGGACGGAACUAUGUACGCCAAAAGUGCUCGCGUUUGUCCCCUCUUAGUUCAGCCUAACUUUAAUAAUAGAAAAUUAGGCGAACUUACCACCUUAGCUUCACUUUUAGUUAUCCGGUGUUGUCUGCCUCUCAGACCCAACUUGCUCAUCAAAUUACCAGACAGGCGAGUUGUACUUGGUGGGCUCAACCGUCAAGCAUGUUCUACUCCACAGCCCAAAGACAUGUUUUUCUCUUGCUCAUUAGUGGAUCCUGACUUUUCUACGCCCUUUCGUAUAAUUCGACUUCCAAAACACUAGAUUCGAAUUGCUCUGGUCAUGUGUUUAAUUGUUUUUUGUCUUCCCUUCAAAGUCGACUAUCUCCCACUCUGCGCAUAUACUUCUUAUUCAGAGCAGACCAGCGAAGUUUAUUCCGAAAAUUUGUAAAAUGAAAGUUUGAUGUCAUCCCAUAAAUCCCUUAGAAAGGGCUGUAGGCUCUUUCGUGAACAAGAACUUUCAGGUUACCGCAAAUGCCUACAAAGCCUCGAAGAGGAACUGGUUUGAUUUUCUUAUUAUUCUCUUUUCUGGGGGGCUGUAACAAAGAACAUUUCUGCAAACUAAAUUAUUUAAAUAUGUUGUUUGAACCGUGUAUAUUCCCCCUUCAAAUGCCUUAACCCCAGCCAUCAGGGACCACCACAUCGCUCGCUUUCUCAAUCACCUCAUGGAGCCAGGGCGCCAGAGUGCCGACAUAAGACUUGCAAAUUCCAACGGGAACAUUGUCCUCUCCGGACGCCUUGUUGUUGUUGUUGUUGUUCUCUCUCAGAGUGACAGUCGCGUGACGCUUCAUAGGUCGGAAAAGAUAAUACUGCUGCAGAGGAGACCGAAGGUGCAAUGGGUUGGUCGCCAAAGUUGAAAAGGCGCUCGAAACGACCACACCAUCAAUCGACCCUGACCGAGUUGUCAGCAAUAAAACCGCCACCCACACCGCGAACAGAACCGCACAAUAUCAAGGGCUUGCCACUAACUUGACGGGUAAUUUGGUAGAGUUUUCAAGUGUCACCAACGUUUGUGACCUGUUCUAUGGAAGUCGAUAUUUCUGCCGGCCAUCCCUAGCCGACUUUGCUGUCAUUUUAUGCAGUUGUCAGAAGAAAGCGUUGUUUCACUACCUGACUCGAGCCGUCCGGACAGACAGCUGCAGGGUUCCUUCGCUGAUCCAGUCACUGCGGCGUCACUGGGUGAGUCCGGGAAUUUUCUCAUCUGCUUCAUAGACUGACAACUUCAGGGAUGACCAUUGGCCACUACCUCCUCCGUCCGCUCGGGUCGUGAAGGGGGAGCGGAUUUCUCGUCCAUGAUAAUCUCUCCCAACCGUUCGAUAUCAGGUCUGAUAUUCGACAGCGUUGCAUCCAUUCUCUUCAACUACGCCAUUGACUGGAUUCUCGAAAGGGCCCUACGCAAUUUUGAUGGGGUGGAGUUUGCAGCCGGACGCCGGCUGACGGAUCUAGACUACUCUGACGAUAUCGCCUCGCCAGCUUCAAGUUUUGGUGAUCUACAGUCUGUAGUGUUGCAGGUGAAUGAAGUCGUUUCUGUUACACCCACAGGACAACUACUUCGUCGUCUAUGAGAGAUAAACCCACAGCGUGGGGAACUAGAGGUUCUGGUUGUCCAAAUCAACCGCUGUUGAAUUUAGUAUCAAAAGGACUUCCUGGGUCAUCAAAGCGACCUCCAGUACUUGUUGUUAAAUGUGCUCGUCUGAAGUAAAUACCUUUUCAAAUUUAGACAAUUGGGAAGGAUCACAAAAGGCAAUCAACGUAGUUUUAAAAUGAAUAGUUAUAUUGCCUUUGAUGUUUGCAUUGCACUCGCACAUUUAUUCACCGCAUGGGUCUAUUAGGCCACAUGCGUGUCCACAAAAACCUGCAGUAGCCAACCGCCGACUGCACCACACUAUCACAUCCUCCAUUACCAUCAUCUCACUGCACAUCAACAUUACCCACCAUUAGCACCUUACUGCCACCUCCCACGCAAGUGGGAGGUGUGCGUCUCGGCUCCUUUACCAUGCGACCCCCUUGCUGCAUGUGUGAUUGGAAUCUGAGACGAAGACAGUGCGUCGGGCGCCGUGGCUCGGAAGUCAGCCGACUAACGCCCCAACUUAGUCAACACGGUCUACCCAGUUGUGCGUGUAUGUGUGGAGUGGCGGACCGGUGGGCUGAAAGACAGGCUGCCACGGCCCCUUCUCAAACCAUGUAUGACACGCAUACAUGUGAGGAGAGUUUUUGUUUGUGUGUGUGCGUUAUGGGUAGUGCUUCACAGUGGACGACUGGUUGGUUACCUAACGGUAAAGGGUUACGGUCCAGGCUAAACUCAGAGCCACGUGUCGCUCUUCAAAGUCAAAAGGUCUGAAAGCUCAUGCUAUGCUAGUAUCAGAAAACCAUGGCCCUCGCAGCCUGGGAUGCGCUGGUAAUUCUUUGGCACUUGGUUCCUUGCCGAUAGAUGCGCCUGCGCUCCCGUUGGGUAUACAGGUGGUGGGCAUGGCUGCCCAGUCAUCACCCUCGUCCUUCUGUUGGGGUGUUGUUGUUGUUGUUGUUGAUCAUAAAGCCGGUUCCUUUGCCGUAUGGACCAAGGGGGCGUGGAGCGGAACGCCAAAGUGCAGACUCGGCUAUACCAUCCACCUGCGCCCUCCCUCGCCUGUGGUCUUCUUGACUCUGUCGUAACACGGGAUCCAGGUGGGGAGUGGGGAAGAGACAGUGCGCUGGGUGCUGUGGAAGUGCACUGCCACUAUAAACUAAUUCACGCGCAAGUCACCGUGCCUGCUGCACCUUGCUGUGUAGCACACGGUGGACAUAGUCGAAAUGGACGAUCGAACUUUUGGUGCUGCUGUUGGACGAGCAAUAAUAGCUAGCGGGACAUUGAGCACGUGGGCCAAUCCUAAGAUUGGAGAUAGAGUAAAUGACGAAUUAAAGCGAUAAUUCUGAACAGCAUGCAUGAAUCCAAGUGUUGCAGCUGCCGAAUCGGACGCUCCACCAGUUAUGGCCCCACGUCUGAAUCGCAAACGCUGCGGAAGCGAGCGGGCCAGUGUAGUGCAUUUGUUGUUGCACUAGCCCCGUCGGCUAAGAUCGCAUAGCUUCUCAGGUGGGAAAUUUGUGAGCACUGUCCCUCUUGCAUAGUCUCCAAACUACCGUUGUCGUUUCGGUCUUUAGCAAGGCCACUGUAAGCCCUGAAUGGGCGCGGACAAUAGAGACACGUAGAUAGAGACCCUCAGUUAUUGGAGUCGUUUAUCGGAACUCCAAAUUCGCUCUCAUGCCGUUUCUCCGAUUUGAGAAAGAAGUCAAGUAAAUUGGCGGUAACAUGCAUUUUACGCUUGGAUUUCGUCAUCUAAGAUAACAGUAGACGACACCACCCGACUGUAACCGCAGAGAUUCUCAGUUACUCCUCCCUGGAUCAUGUGAAACGUGGUGCGAUGCCGUCAUCUUUAGCACUUUGGUUUCUCUAGCCAUUACGCCCGGCAUUCUCGAUCUUCUCGUAAUAAGUGCUGCUGUGACGGAAUGCCUGGUACUCCUUACACAGUUGCAGACUCCUUCGAUUUCGGCACUUACUUGUAAGCAGAACUCACAUAUUCCUAUUGGGUAAACAAUGUAAACGUAUGAUUCUUACCUUCAUUUUCGCGUGCCAGAUACCUCGUCUUUCAUUCGCUUACAGAACCUCGUACCCAUACCUCUAUUCAGCAUUUUUCGACUCAUUCCAGUUCUGCAAAGUAAACUUAUACUUCGUCAAAGGAAAAGGCCGCCACGAAGGAUCAUAAUGGAACUCUGAAGUCCUUAGCGUUCAGUAGGGACCUUCUCAUUUAUGCACCAUUAUCAUGAACACUGGUUCAGCGCAAGAAUCAAACAGCCAAAGCCCGGAAUAUUGGAGUUUUGCAUUGUUGUUUUAGUGCUUUGCGCCACCGUAAGAUGUUAGCAUAUUCGACCAAAGACCGUACCACUUAUCGAGCUGAACUGAAGACCUCUCCUGAACAAAUCACACGUUGACGACUUUAAGGGAUUAGUAAUUAAUUCGUUGAGUUCUUGGUGAAUUCUAUGCACUGAUGGUUUUUUAACGAUGCACCGUUUGGUUAUGUGAGUAGUAAAUUCACCAGGACCAACUUUGAGGAUCGCUCAGUCAGUACCCCCAUCUCCAAAGUGAUGUCGUCUGGGGGCCCUUCUUUGAGUGGAGUUUGCUAACCUAGACCUAAGCAUAGCAGUCAGAAUUCGUUCCGUCAGUAUUGCUAGGCCUUCCAAAACUGACGGUUGGAUCGACUUGAACAGUUUUCCAUCCCAAUCACAGCUGAGAGCUCCUUGGCCGUGAUAAGCGUAAAGCCCUUCUCGACACCUCCCUCGUUAACUUGAGAGGGGACUCGUUAACUGGAUAGACACUCACUGCCUUGAGGUGGUCGACUCGUCCCAAACAAUCGUCAACCACGCCGUCUUAACUCACUUGUGUGAAGAUAGGAUUGUCUGAAACAUACUCCUUCUCAGACCGUGCCCUGCCUAACCGCGUUUUCAAGGUUGUCAGUGACAAACGGGUGGAUGCUGUGAAAGUGGACCUCUAGUGCAUCUCUAGCCUGAGCGACUACAUUUCACACUGGGGUUUGCUGCCGUCCGCUACGACGUAGGGAGGUCGUUUGAGUCAUGACUGCUUUGCAGUAUAGACCUAGCUGGAUGAGCCAUUAUGUCACCCGUCAAAAACUCAUGACGUACAAACACAAUCGCUAACGGGGUGGGGUGGAUACCACUCCUUUGAUAGAACUCCCGAGGCCAAUUUUGUUACUACCGGAACUUCUGGAACAUUUCGCUCUUCCUCGAUCGACUACACAAUCCUCUUCCCACCUCUGUCAACAUGUGGUGGCAGGCUGAGUAACGGACAGAAUAGCAGCCUGAGGCAUCUAGUUGGUGAGGAUUCUGUCUAAACGACUUCCGAACGCAAUCACUAAGACAAUGCCUUACCAUAUUAGAAAUAGUAAUUGGUCAUUCCUGGUGAACUGGACUAAACGAACGUCUGGUGGCUUCUCCAACCGCCCGGGACCCGCAUUCAUUUAAGGAGGGUGCGUUUAGUAGUCUACUUCGGGUAGGCCUAGUUAAAAUUUGCAUAGUUUGGUUUAAGGGUCUCGGCUUCUCUGGGACAUUAGUACGCGUUUUGUCUUACGUUUGGUUUACUUUUUACCUGCCUCUACGCUUGAUGUUCGAAGCGUUUGACAUGCAUCCCCGAAUAAUUAAAUGCAAAGCGAACCCCUUAUAAUUUGCCUGCCUGUAAACCGUAAUCUCUAUGUUCUCUGUUUACUUAAUAUUAUUGCCCAUGCUUCACGUCUUUAGAUUUUGGAUUUGCCCAAUCCCUGAAGGCUACAGUAACAAUGGGAGAAAUUCGUGGUUCCCUACUCUACAUGGCUCCCGAAAUUUACUGCUAUGGGAUCUAUGAUAAAUCCUGCGAUCUCUGGUCGGUCGGUGUGAUUCUCUUCGGUAAAUGGGGCAUCCAAUUACCACUUUUGUUCAGAUUCGCAUCCAUUUUUCUUCUGCUCAUUUUCCGACUUUAAGAAAUCAUUCGAUACAAAUUAAGCUGAACAGGCAUUAGGAGUAAUCCCCUGAGGUGGAUUCAAAGCUUCUUGAUCGGUUGCUCUCAAAUUGUCCGCGUCGUUGACAGACAGUCGACGCAGGUAGCGGUUGAAAGCGGUGCUCCUCAAGACUCCGUCUUUGGCCCUACCCUGUUCAUUAUAUACGUUAAUGAUUGCGUCAGUGGACUGAAUUAUGAUGUCGCCAUGUUCGCUGAUGAUGUUAGGCUUUGGAGCGCUAUCCGAACUGAAUUUGACGAAGAGCGCUUGCAGGCAAACCUGAGCCGACUCGAGAAAUGGUCGCAGGGCUGGCUUUUGCCGCUUAAUGUGACUAACUGUAACACUCUGCUAAUCGGUUGAACCUGAUCUCCGAGCCGUAGGGUUUACGGCCUAAAUGGUGCACCAUUGCAGGCGGUAAACGCCCAGAAGGACUUGGGUGUGUGGGUCACGGCUUAACUGAAACCGUUGCUCCACUGCUCCAAGGUAACCAAGUUCGCGAUGUCAGCCCUUUCUACCGUCGAUGAGGACUGCUUCACUGAAAUCUUUCGGACGUUCGUGCGACCACGGUUAGAGUUCGCUAGUCAAUCGUGGAAACCCUGGACCGCUAAAAACCUCAGCAUCCUUGAGAAAGUUUAAAGGCGGGCAACCAAACUCGUUAGUGGACAGGGUUCACCACCCUACGAAAAACAGUUAUCCAAUCUCGGCCUUUCUCCUCUGAGUUAAGAUGCGAUGUGAUGCAGACACUGCGUAUCAUGCGCGGUCAGGACUGCUGUCUUUUACCUAGAGACUUCUUUAGGUUAGCAACUACAACGAACCUCCGAGGUCAUCCACUCAAACUACGUUUUACUGCCGCCAGGCUGGACACACGGAAGUUCCUCUUUUCCAACAGUUUUUGAGGCUUGGAAUGCUCUGCCUGCAGUUAUCGUCAUGUCCACAUCCCUCGAGGCUUUUAAGCACAACCUAUUUCAGUAUACCACCACACAUCGUAAUGCCGCCAGACUGAUAUUGUCUUACAGUUCCGUUCUAGUAGUUUAUUAUUGUUAUAAUGUUACUGUCUGUGUUUCAGUAACGUCUGUUUUUACCUACUUAUUGUCUCAAAUCCAUUGAAUGCGAAUGUUGACAUUCACUUCGUGUCCCUCAGAUAACUUGGAUCGUAUCAAUUUUCUACAGCACAAUUAUACAUGGACUGACUGCUGUACAGUGUAUUUAGUAGUGUUAAUGUUUUUAACACCUGGAGUAAUUCGCUUAUCUGUGCGGUUUCGAAAAAAAUUUCUGCAACUGUUUGAUGUUUCUAUUUCCAAAUACGGAGCUCAAAGGUUCAACACCCUCGAAUAAACUGAACUGAACCCUCCUGUUAUGAUCUCGACUUAUGGUGUGUUUUGGUCUGAAUAGAUACCUAGGGUCGCCACAGUCUCCUUUCAAACUCGGACCUCUACCGCAUUGAUUGGUGGACUUGAUCCAUGUCCAUCCUAAACUAUCGGGUUGGUCUUCAGAAGAGAAGUCUGGUUGGCUAAUAAACUGUACUUCGACGUUUGUACUAUGCCCUAUUUUAGUUUGUGAUUGCGACGGCUCACCUUCACGGACCGACAAUCGCAGGAAUUUGAAGGUUUUUGACAAAAUGUCUCUACACCGUAUUCCCCGCUUGGAUCUCUUGGAUAGGACUACAUUAACAAUAGUUUAAGAGCGCCUUACUGAUUUUACCAUGCCCUGCGCCUAGUUUCCUUUCGUGUCGAAAUCGCCUCAUACUCCUGUUAGGACAACGCCAUCACCAAAGCGGCUGUUCGGACUGCGACCACAGGACAUGGCACGCGAGUUCUUACUCUUUGGAACAUUAACUGCCGGCGCAAGUGUGGCUGCUGCUGUGAUACGGGCCACUCACGGGCUGCUCCAAGUAUCUUUAAUCGGAUUUGAUGCCAACUUCUAGCACACUCGUGGUACUUGUUACCGCCUAACAGGCCAGUGCUGUUUUCCAUUUUCUAGAAUGCCUGUUUGGCCAUGCCCCCUUUGCUUCUGCGUCUGUCGACGAGCUAAAGGCCAAACUAACCGACAAGUCGCCAGUAAAGGUAAGCCGGUGCUACUAUAGCGUAAUUCCGAUCUUCGAUUUGUGUUCCUACUUCAACAUCCCUGUCAAAAUGUUGCUCCGAGAGUCUUACACUAAAGUGGUGCACAGUGAAGAAGCGGCGUCAUUAUAUCUUCUCCGACAUGGCCCCAUAGUAGAGAUAUAAUCUUGCCGCUAGUACAACAGUCCGGUGGUGUUCACAAACAAGGUCUGUAGGCAAUGUGCACCGGUAUCGGGGUGCAGAAGAGACGGUUACCAGUCUGCUCUGUGCAAUUUUAGAGCUAGGUUGUCUCGGUAGAAACCGAAUGCCACUGGAAGAAGUGCCAAAGCUUACUGGUAGAUCCCCAAGUACCGUGUUUAACUGGCUCAGUUACAGCCAGGAUGUCUGUUCCGAAAGGGCAUCAGUUGCUAGAAGAGGUAAGCUGAAUGGAACACCGAAAAGUCCAAUGCAAAUUGAUGGGCUUGCUUAGCCUGGAAAAAACUCGCCCUUCUCCGUGUUUUAGGAGGGAGGCUGUGGGAAACAACAGUUGGUGUUGGACACUUUUAUACGCUCCUUUUCCUCUUCUUCUACUUCGUCAUCGUCGUCUUCUUUUUCUCCUUCUUCACCAUCAUUUUCUCCUUUAAUUCCUUCUCCUCGUCGUGCUGCUAAUUACUCAGCAUACCAAAACAUACCUUUAAACGCACCCCUUUAAAGUUGAUUCAGGGGUAGGACUUGUUCAUCUGGCUCAAAGAACGGGCCUUAAUCUCUGAGGUGACUUCUUGAGCCCCCGUUUCCAGUCUUAAUUUAAGCAAACUCUUCUACACAAGCCCGUUCGACCGAGUUGCUUUUGUUUGUACUGCUUCUUUGUUUUCUGUCCCCUUCAUUAGUGUUCUUGGAGAACUUGCUUUUGACACGAUAUGCAGAUUUUCAGAAGAAUUCCUAAUCGUUACUUCCAUCCAGUUACUGCACUCAGGACGUAGUCUGCAGACGUUUAUCUACGGCGACUUUCCUGGAGUUGAGUAUCGGAGCACUGCUUCUGAUUCUUAUAUAAUAACGAGGGCAAGAUAAGGGCGAGAAGGACGUCAACAUUUCCGUUAUUAUUGUCUAUACUAUGCAAUAAUAACUUACUUCCUCAAAACUUUCUCUCCAUCCCACGUGAAAUCCUACCUCUCAGUUCCGCAGUAUAAAAUGAACACUUCGGAUUGCUUGCACGCUGAAGUAUCUGUUUGUACGACAAAUGACGAAACGGUUGCCCUAGUCAAAAUUUGUCAGUGUACUUUUGGAGUAACAGCUAGCCUUAUCGGAAGGAGUUGGGACGUUACACUUCGACUGCAAGAUGAUGUUUCGCCUACCUCCAAAAAGAGGCUUAUUAGUCUGCCAACUGCAACUUUCAGAAUCAAAAUCUCAGCGCUGAAGCAGCCGGUCACCAGUCUGAUUAACCUAUUGAGUUAAAUAGCUCUGUCCUCUGGCGUUAGGGAUCGCGAACAAGUGGUCACCUCCCGAAAUGGACAUUGAAUAUGCCUGAUACAGUUUUCCUCUACGUUUCCUGUCUGUUUCGGUCCAUCUCUGUUAUACCUUACUUGUUCGCUUUGUUACCUGGUAGAUGGCCGCCUGCUUGCUAACUCCCCCAACCGCAGAUGCAGCUUGUUUGUUCUGGGAUGCCGGCCAGCUCGGUUUGCGCCAACUUCAAUGAGAGCAGGUACAGUAGAUGUGCUAACCCAUGAAGUGUCAUGAGUUAGCGAAAGAAAAUCCCUGUAGCGCAAAAUCUGUCCAAACUGCGUACCCCAAAGUCUUACGGCAGUAAAAAACGACUGUUUUUAAAAAGAGGACAUAGUUGGGUUUUUAAGUUAAUAUUUACUAACGGGAAAUUAGUUAGUUUUCACUAAAAACUGGAAUUUCAGAAAUUGCCUAUAUUAAAAGUCGCUUAAAUAGGGCUAACUAUAAAGGUGCAUGAUGAAGGGGGACGCAUGAAAUGGGGAAAAUGGCGAAAGAUAAUAACAAACAGAAAGAGAUCAGUACUUUGUUGACUGUCCAUUUGCAUUUAUCACUGCAGAAAGCCUCUCAGACAUGGACGUGACCAGGUUAUCCAUAAUGAAUUGUUUACUGUGAUUGUCUGGCACAAAAUCAAGUUUUUUAUUGCAUCGACAGUUUCCUGCUCGCCUUGUGCCACUGUCUUUUGAUAAGUGCGAAAAGAUUUUCGAUAGGAUUGAAAUCCGAGCUAUUCGCAGGGAUAAAAAUUGAUUGGAGGCCACAUGCGGAGAGGCUGACUGUUGUUUAAAAAGUCAAAUUACGGUUGAAAGCGUUAUUAGCUUCAUACUUCUUUAGAGCGAUGGACAGGAACAUUGUCGUGUACAAUUAUCGUAUCUAAUCGGCGUCGGUGGAUGUCGUAAUCGAAAACAUCUUUCGCAAUGCUGAUGAUGGCGUCCGUAGUCGACCGCCAGACUGGCCGCUCUCCGAAUUUAAUUACCAUUUAAAUCAUUAACCGUCGACAACUCUUGAAGGUUGCCAUCGGCGCAGUGUUCUCUUCUGGAAAGUUCUUUCCGCACACGUUCAUUUGGGUCGACUUCAUUGGCUUGUCUAAAAAUAAGACCCAUCUCAGAAGUGAAUGCUCUCCCAGAAUGAGGGCCGGUAAUCAAUAUAUUUCCUACCAGAUAAAAAACGUUCUCUUAUAAGUUUUCUACCUAAAAACGACCUGGUCAUGGUCUUUUGUUGAUGAAGUUCAAAUUCCUACACCUUUUUCGUUAUUAUGUUCAUAGGGAACAUCGGCAGAUGUUCCCUAUGAAUGGUCUUAAUGGGCAUAUACUGAUACCUUUUUAGUGUACGACGAAUAAAAUCGUCGUCUUGCUUACUUGUGGACCGUUUCGGUCCACCUUGCCUGUUUGUGGGUGGCUCUGUCAUAAGUAUUCGCCACAGAGUGACCUUACUAAUACUAAAAAUACUUGCUAACGGCUCACGCGACAACCCUUCUGCUGCUAAUUUCCGUAUCCUUUCGUAGUCGACUGCUGAAAGACAUUGUCCGGACAUCUUUAUCGCACGGCGGCACACAGAAAAGUGGCAGCAUGUCGCGCGUACUUAAUAUAUAUCUGUGUUCGCCUAGCACUUUCUCAAACCCGCCUUCGCCUGAUUUCCAUGCAAGCAAAAACGAAUUUUUCAUUUACAGACAGGAUUUAUUCCGUACUUUUCCUUUUUAUAUCAAUCUCCGUUUACAGUAUAAUGCAUAUUGACAUGAAGCUUUCUGCAAAUUUCAAUAGCGUAUAAAAUUAUCUAGAUAUCAAGGAAUGUCAGAUUUCGCCCAGAUCUGGCCUGUUUUCUCUUAAUAUAACCGAUCUUAAAUGAAUCCCUCUUCAGUAAAUGGUUUCUUGUGCCUCAAGUCAUUUCAAUAAAUACAAAUAACAGCAAUUCCAUGACAUACUUCUCGCUCAAAUUUCGAUCACGACAUUUCAUGAGUUAGACCACCUACUGUACAUGGUGCACCCUGACAAAGAACACCUCAUGGGGCGAGACGUGUUUAAACACCUGUCUUAAGGUGCUGGCGACCCACUUUUCUUGGUCUCGCCUGUGUGUUGCGAGUUUAUGCUCUUCAUUUUGGCGUCCACUCACUACUGCAGGCCGGUAUUGUGACUGAAUAGGACAUUGAAUAAAUCUAAAACAGCCGUCGUCGUAGUCCACACAGUCCUCGUCGGUCUGCAUCGAGUAUUGAAAGCUCACUAUUAGCACCACACAGAACUCUGUACUUGAUUUUCCUUGACGAAUCACGCCUGUCAUCUGUUCUAGGCACUUGUACUUCUAAAUCGGCACGUCCUAAGUGGCCGGAAAAAUAAUCUACCAUCUCUUGCGCCUAUCGUCCUUGCGUACCGAGCGAUAGAUUUGGUUCUUUAAUGUUGGAUCUGUUUAUCUACCGUGGUCUAUUUAAUAAAACACAGUAUGAUGGUUUUUGGCGUCUCUGCAAAUACAUAGCGCCUCCCUCCAACUUUUCUUUGCCUUCUUCAUCAUCCUAUCACUACUUUAUUUUUCCAGUCUAUGACGAGUUUGUGCAUGGCUCUGGUAUCCAAUGUGUCCCACAUUUUACGUCCAAUGGUUCUCUGCCUGGUUUUCGCCUAGUUUAGUGGUGCCGAACUAACUGAACUUGCUGUCAGUAAAUCAUCCACAUACGUAUCUCAAUGGCUUUGCUGUGGUCUUUCGGGUAUUGUAGUAUUCCUCGCCUCUACAGGCUGGGACAAGUCAUUUAGGGCGUACCCAUACGAUUCCCGUUUUACUUUGUGCAAGCUUUUUACCUCCAGGGAUCUCAUUUCCCGUUUUACUGAAUUCUCCUCCUCGAGAUUCUUGGCCUCUCCCUUUUCCUACUGUAGGUGCGCCAACUCGUGAAAUGACAUUUAGAAAUGAGUUUUCGUUUCGAACAGAUUAGUCAAGUAGGGCUUUAAAACUAAUCAUCAUGCAGCAUAAUUCUAUGAUAAUUCAGUUACCUCGGGAUGCCGGCUUUCAAAAAACUUCUAUCCGACUGCAUGCAAAAACUAUACUCUGUAAAAAAUGACUACAUAUGUAGCAUGCAUUUUUCUCAUUGAUUUUCGAUGCCCUUAAAAAUGCAAUUAUAUUUCGUGGAAAGGAUACAUAAAAAUAUUCAUUCUUUUGCUCAUUCAGUAGAAAAUUACGUCUUCUUCCAAUUUUAUACUCGAAGGAAAGGUAUAAUUCGGUUUCAAAAAACUUUCCAAUUGUGAGAUUUUUUAAUACCGUGAAAUGGCCGUUCAUAAAACGUCAUUUCUAUGCAUUUAUCAAUGUGGCUUGUAAAGUUAGCAACAUGCCUCAAAUCCACGGCUAGAUUUUAUGAACCCCUUAUGGUCUCCUCUUAAUAGCGUAGAGAAAUGCAUGGUUUUCCGUACGCGGAAAAUAUACGGCUUGUAGUUUGGCAACCCUGGAUGCAAGUUUAACGGCAGGUCGGGUUCGAAGUUAUUCGGGGGAUGUAAACGUUUUUGAAAACUGAAUUAUACCCUUCAUUAGAGUAUACAAUUGAAAGAAGAUGGUAUUUUCUACCGAAUGAGUAAAAUAAUAAAUUUUUAUUCACGUUUUUCAUGAAAUAUAAGUGCUUUUUUAAGGGCAUCGAAAAUCAAUGAGAAAAUGCAUGCUACAUAAGCAGUCAUCUGUUUGUAGAGUAUAGGUUUUGCAUGCAACCGGAAAGAAGUUUGUUCGAAAGCCGGCAUCCUGAGGCAACUGAAUUAUCAUAGAAUUAUGCUGCGCGAUGUUUAGUUUUACGACCCUAUUUAAUUAAUCUUUUCGAAACAAAAACGCAUUUCGGAAUUUCGGUUGUCAUUUCAUGAGUUAGCCCACCUACCGUAACAUCCCAUCUCGUGGUAAGUAAUCAGUGCGCGUACAGAGUUAUAUAACUAAGCCAGCGCCUCAAUGUCACAACCCCCUGAGAUACCAUAGCUUUUAACUACAGGAUCCUCCGACAGGGUUUUUGGUCAUCGGUUAGGCGUGUCAGGUCUUCCUCGGGGAGUCGAAUUUGCCCAUUUCUAGGCAGUGCCCCGGUCUCACGUAUUAUGUAAUUUAAUAUUUGCUAGCUACCCUCAACGGGUAGGUAUGUCAUUUGCGUACGAAUUCGAUAUCUGGCAUGUUUUAUCUCGGCUAGAAUAGGCCGCAAAUUGCCAUGUGUGCGUGUUACGGGCCUAAAAAACGGCCUGUGCCACCGUUGAGUUGGCUUUAUCUUGGGUUCUGGGGGUGGUAAACCAUUAUGUGGAGCCUCAGACGGUGGUUUAAUACAUCUUAGAUGUCUGCCUUCAAUCUGCCUUCAAAUCAUUUUGCCCAAGCCCAUCACCAGCUGGCUGACAGGCCCAGGCAGUGGAGGGGAAGAGAGAGCGUGGCCAACACGGGAAAGUCCAUCCUCGCGGCUAAUGCGCACAUUCCUCCUCACUGUAAUAAACUUGACGCGCUUAAAUCUAUCACAACGUGCUAAACUGACGCGGCUUGGUAGGUUGCCAACCUUGCAUGGGAAAACAUGAUCCUUCUCAGGACUGAGGGCCAAGUUGUAAGGUCACCAUCUUAAUAUGGCCUUCAUCUCCUAAGUUGGGCCUCUCUUCAGCAAUUACCAAAACUCCAAAGUAGUGGUUGAGGAAGACCGUUUUUAGUUCGCAUAAUUUAGUUUAUGGACUCCAUUCCCCUCUUCCUGCCAGAUCCCCCUUUCCCCGCCAAUCAGUGAAGACUGUCGAAACCUCCUCUCUCGCCUACUGAAGCGCGAUCCAGGCCAACGUAUCCAUCACGAGGAAUUCUUUAAUCAUCCCUUCAUAGACCUUUCCUAUGCGCCUUGUCCUGAGAGCCUUCUAAAGGCCGUAAGUCAGCAUUCGGCCCAUUAACACACAAAAAUUGAAACUCUUAGCCUCCCGUCUGAUCGCUUUUUUUUAAAAAAAAAACAGGUUGAUUAUCUGGAAAAAGCAUCCGAAUUGGAAGCCUCCAACAACCUCGUCGAUGCCUACCUGAAUUAUAAGGAGGGCCUUCUUCAUCUCGCAUCCGCUGUACAGUGUAAGUUGUCCGCAUAUCUUGACCCAGUAGCCUCAGCCUCUUUCCCUUUGGACAACAGAGCUUGCCAGUUUCUAGUAGAUCAGUAAAAUUAUCUUGAAAAAGUAGAGGGCUCGUCCGGAUUGAGGCAUUCGCCCACAAACUGUCAAGUCGGUCGUGCGAAAAACGAGAGACGUAGCAACAGAAUCGAAUAUGAGUGUCCCAGGCUUCUGUUACAGCAUAGUUAAAGCAGUUGGCCACCAGAACAAUCGUUAUGUUAGUUUGAGCCUUCAGACCCGCUCGAGGACUCGUCAUCAGAAACAAUGUGGGAACGGCAACAAACGUGCAGCCUUUCAAGGGCCGCAUGCGCUCAUGGCUGGGGAUCGGGUCGCACUAUCUGUGACUUGUCGCUUUAUUCGCCAAACAGCAUUUCUAAUCCAUAACGAAACACUAUAAACAACUGAAGCCAGCACUAAGCUUUGAUACAUCUUUUUGGUCUUUUUGUUUUUAAGAGUGCUUGUAGAGCCAGCACAAUGUUCUGCGCUUUCGCCACAUAUUUCGAUAGUUUCACUGCAUAACUCUGCACCGCUGUCUUUUAUUCUUGGCGGUGCCCUGUCUUCCUUAUGCCAACUAGCUUCUUUUCUUUCCGUGCGUACUGGAUUAGCUAACGACUCUACCGCACUUGACACUGUUUGUCUCCCCCAAGUAUUUACACUCUUUUUCUUCAGUUGAAGGAGAUUUCAGCCGAAAACAGGUCCUUCGGGAACAGGUGAGUUACAUGUGCGAUCUGCUCGGCUUGUUAGUUCUUAUGCUCAACUUCGUAGCAUGUCAAGUACGCUCAUGUUCACGCUCUAUUCAUGCACGCAUGCACUUUACGCUAUCGGUCGUUUGGUGGAGAUGUUGCUUGGUGACAGUCGUGGGGGGCUGUUGGUUAUUUUGGAAAACCAACUUUAAACAACUCCCAAGGGUGUUUGAACCACAAAAUGUCCCCAUUUAUGCCUACCUGUCUUUCCUACACUUUCCUGUUUAUGUUUGCAAGACCGAAUGCCUGGAACUGUAGAACGGGCUUUGUAGCGCUGUCACGCAGUUAGUAUUGUUCCGAAGUCCAGUUCCAAUACACUGAAAAAAAGAUCCGAGCAUUAGCUGGCACGAUGCUCACCUAAAAACCAUUUAUGAAUCAUUCUACAGACUAGGUCCGUUGUUUUAUACCCUUGGCAGACUGUGUGCCAGGAUUGCGCGAAGUCCUCUACCGUAUCGAAAUCUGGUUACUUAGAUGGAUAUAAGAUAGAAGGGAGGGUGGAGGUACUAAACAGCUACAUUGUCGGAUAGAACAGUCUGACUCGUCAAAAGUGCCGAGGUUACUCGUGCUCGUGGCGGUCAGAACUUAAGUGACCUUCUCAGUGAGAAUACGUAUGAUAGUUCGACCGUUGCAAAGCGCGACAUUCACUGCGCGCCUUGCGCGGAUGGACGCAGUACCGGUCACUUGUGUGUGAAGUAGUUUAUAGUAAAACAGACCUGUACCUCACCUACCGCACUUUCCCAUCGACCGCCCAUCUUGCUCCGACGGCAAGACAGUAUCCAGACGGCCGGAGACGGGCUCGGGCGCAGUGGCUGACAAAGCUAAACAGACUGUCUACGAGUGCAAUGCACGAUCCGGUCCCCACAGCAUAUACCAGGUUUUUAUUAUGGCUGCUGGGAUCUCACAUGUGUCAGAAAGCCACCUUGAGUGGCAGCCAUUGCAGUUUUACCCUCAGACCUGAGAAGGACUGAAUUAUUCCAUCAGUUGGCAUCUUCCCAAACCAGAAUUGAUAAUGCCUCAGUGUUAUUAUAGCGAGAAAUGUGCUGUGACGAUGAAUUUCCCAAUGUCGGUCCCACUCUCCUUCCUCUCUCCCAUGCACGAGUCGACUGUCCGAUCCUGUCAGAAAACUUGUGCUGGAGUUGGACGCAGUGGUUAUUAAAGCUAAGUAGGUGAUUCAACUCUCGGCCCCCCAGUGGAGCCUAGUGGCUUAGCUGGUAGAACGUUGGCUGUACUAAAGCCAUCCCCUUGCUGUCGUGGAUUCGAAUGUCACAGAGGUCACCGAGUUUUUCACAGGUGGGUCAAAAUGAAGUAAGUAUAAAUAGCCUGCCUGCACAUGUCGUACGACCUGGUUCCACAGUAUGUAUCAGGAGACACCAGAAGACAUGCUUCUCACUUACGUGAGAUUUGGAUGUUCUUACAUGCGACGUUUAGCCCGUUUUAUAUAUCUGAUGGCGAAGAGGGUCGCAUGCCCACUAUAGGAGACAGAUGUGGUGUUACGGAGACUUCAGGUGUAUGCGCGUGUUGCCGAGUAUGUUCAUAGCCAGCCUAUGGAUGUGUAUGCGUGCCGCUAGCGCAUUUUGUGACGGUGGGUCUCAAUUGCGUUGCUUUACUGAAGAUUUUUCCGGAGGCGCGUAUGACCGGAUAGAUCCAUACGACGUCUGCAUGUCCAGGGACUGUGAGGGUAGGUGAGGUGGGAAAAGCGGAUGUGCAGUCAGUGACGGGUCGCAUGAAAUGUUAGGCGAAAUUCUGAGACGAGUUUUCGAUUAAGAAGGAUUACUUGCGUGGGGUUGUCGUAGUAAGUAUCAUGCUGCCUAAUCCUCUGGUAUUUCAGACUCGCCAGGAUAUUGGCUUUUGAAUACACUUCUUCGAAACCUGUGAGAAUCGCAGUGGGUAAAGAAUGACUACAUAAAUAGUACGUAUUUCUCACAUUGAUUUCCGAUGCCCCCAUGAACUCAUGCCUAUUUUACUGAAAGCAUGCACAAAAAAGUGCUUUCUUUCACUCAUUUGGCAGAAAAUUACGUCGUCUUCACAUUUUAUACUCGAAGGAAUAGUGCCUUUUGCCUUUAAAAAGUUCCUGACUACGAGAUUUUUUAAGACCGUGCAGUGUCUGGUCAUACAGCAUCGUACCUGCGCCUUUAUUAAUGCUCCUCACGAAGCAUGCAACAUAGUCCGCAUCCAUUGAAAAACUUAAUCAACUCUGCAUGGCAUCUUGUUAAAGGCGUAGAGGAAUGUAUUAUUUUUCUUACUCGGACAAUAUACACCUUGUAGACUAAAAUCGCUAAACGCUAUUGCAGCAGCUGGUCUGGCUGAAAGUGAUUGGGUAACUGGAGAACUUCUUCAAAACCUGAACAUACCCUUUUAUCAAGUAUAAAAUGUAAAGAAGACGUGGUUUGCUACCAAAUGGGUGAAGGGAAACAUGGUUUUUUUGUGUUUAUCCUUUAAAACGUAUUCGAAUUUAUGCGGCCGUCGAAAAUAAAUGUGCAAAGCACGUACUACUUGAGCAGUCAUUUUCAUUGAGUGCAGUUUUCACAAGUCGCAAAGAAGUCCAUUUAAAAGCCAAUAUCCUAACGAGUCCGAAAUAUCAGAGGAUUAAGCCGCGUGAUAAGCAAUAUUACACUCCCGCUUAGGCAAUCCUUCCUACUCGGGAACUCAUUUCAGCAUUUCGGCUAACAUUUCAUGAGAUCGGUCGCUGACUGUAUGUUGGGACUUCCAGCAUUGGUUCGCCGGCCUCACUCUGAUGGAUUUGUCAGUGGCCGACCAGGCCGAUGCGUGCUUCGAGUUCGCGCUGGUAGCACGGACGGCAUGAUGAGAUUGUGGCUGGUGGCGAUGCCGGUGGAGUUGAUAGUGCUGGCGGUAAAGGUGUAUGGAGGCUUAGGGGCUCGGUUUUCUGUGAUGAAAUCGCAGUGAGUGCGCUGUUGUGGCUACGCAUAUGGUCUAAAAGACCCAUGCGUUGUCUGAAUGUCAUGGUUCGUCGGUUUCAGUACGACGGAUUCUCAAACGACUCACCAGGCCUUUGUGUUGUGAGGUGUGGUCGCAGUGGGAACAGGUUGAAGUGAGUCAAUAUUGCUGUGGUACAGGCAAUUGUGAUAAUUUUUUGCACAACGGUAGAAGUGUCGUCACUAAUGAUACUGAUGGUGGUGUGUUGUUAGAUGAGAAGUGGGAAAGUCGUGUAGACAUUGCACUGGGUUCGCAAAUUCUCCCUUUUCCUCUCUUUGGCACUACGAAUUCUUUGGAGACUGCCUCAUUGUCCGUGACGCGCGCUCUCAUCCCGUUGUGUGGUUGCUUUUCCAUCUGCAUGAAUCGCUCCGGACACCGGAAUUUCAAUAUGAUUCCCCGCAGUCCAUCGCGGUCCAUCUUGUCGAUGUAUUGUCCAAAAGUACUUUUUUGCCACCCUGAUCCUGUUCGUGCCACCAGACCUGGUUGGCCUCGCCUAUGCCAGACGAUGACCUCAAUUAGACUGGUGAAAAGCCAGCUCCUAGAUUUCGCACCUAGGGAAAAAGCGUUCACCCGGCUUAGUCAAGACGUCGUUGAAUAUCCUCUUAUGUGGCGUCCUACCUCAAGGUCCCCUCGAUCAUCGGCAGUUGUCAAAUUACUUUUCCUUCCCCCUGCCCUUCCCAUCCCAUCUUCCACUUUGAUCCUCUUCUUUGGUUGGACUCGGGAAUGCGUACCCUCGUACUACAGGUGGCCUUACGCCAAAUUUUAGGGGGAGGGGGGUACCUAUUUCCGUGUCGCAGCCCUAACCCUCACCGGAACUACCUCGGGAAAUUUAGAGUAAGGCCAUCUGUAAUACGGGGAUGGUUAUUUCCGCACCCUACCGCCAAUUCUUGUCCGAGUGUUUCACUUAAAAUUUCUACUUAGAAAAAGCCGAUCCAUUUCUGAGAUGUCGGAGAAUGAGGGCAAAGCAAUUGGACAGAGUGUGUCUUUGUUUCAUACAUACACUGAUUAACCAUUACUUAAGUCAAUGUUAGUUACAACGUCAUAUAUUUUGACAGUCGCAGUGGAAUACGUCUUAGCGUCUAGUCAAAGUCGCACAAUCAGUGACUGUCAAAAGACGACUGAGUGGCACAAGGGAUAAAGGACCUCACAGAGAAGCGAUGUUCGUAAGUUUAGCCUGACUAUGGGCUGGAAUACAGGCCUUCGGCCUUGUCCCUGAGUCCCAGUCUGGAAUCGUUACAGGCGGCUAGACAGCAAUGACCGCUCCAUCAUGACCGACCUAGACAAGGAAGACUGGGGUGGUCGUUCCUGUCUUAUUUGCCGUCGUCAGUCAGUCAUAGCCCAACCCCAUACCGGGAAGACCUGAGGUUUGAACCCCAGGCAAAAACGGUCACUAGCCGGCGACAGCAAAUUAGCCAGAAAUGACAACCCCUGACCUCCAUGUCUUUGUCGGUAGAGGGCGCCUAUUCCCGUGUCCUAGUACUUCUUUCUGCCUAACUUGUUGGACAUUUUGUGUGUCGAUGAGAAUGUAGCCCACAUUCUGCCAUGGGUUGCAUGACCUUCCCAGUUGCCGUGAGCCCAGUGUUACCCUUCUAUUGAAUAAUGCCUUUAACGAGAUGUGCAGGAAACGUCCCCAUUUGCUCUCUAUGCGCCGGUGGCUCGAUCUUUAUUGCCUUGCUGUCCCCUGACUUUAAAGAGUAACCUUGUCUCUCCAUUCACUCAAUCAGCUCGCUCACUACAUCACCGUGGCAGAGCAACUAAAGGAACGUCUGCACGGACGCAAGACGUCUCCCCCACGUACCAAACAAUGCCGUGAGAAACCAUCCCACGACUCAAGCGCAGACCACUCGACGUCAUCGCGCCCGACUUUAAAGCACUCCACAAUAACUCCUGCCACGUAAGGGAAUUUCACAUUGUUGCCUGAUUCUUCUCUGUAGAGUUCCUCCCGUCUCCAGUCCUGUCGCUCCCACCUCCGGCAGCAAAUGUCUCUCCGCAUUCCGGCGUGUUGGCCUGCUCAUCAAUUGGUUUGGUUCUCAGGCCGCUGAAGACGUCACAGCGUCAGCGGGCUCCACGAAGGAGGUGGAGACACCGCACGAGUACUCCAUCAGCCGUCUAACUAGUCUGGGUUAGUGUACCUUUGCCCCUCGCUCUGAAUUUAUUCCUUUUUCUAAUCAGGAGGGGAUGAUCCCAUCGUACACAGUUCGCAGACCUAAUGAGCCUCAACUCUGUAGACGUGACUGGUCGUUCCCGCGGUGCAUGUCUCUAGGCAACUUGACGGCCAUUUGGUGCUUCUACGACCGUCGACUGAGCUGGAUGUUCGCGCGUUUCGGGCCAUUGUACUGGGAUGUCGGCCUACUCAUGAGUAGAAUGAUAUUACCGACAAAGACAAGGGAGACUGGAAUGGCCAUUUCUGGCUUUUUAGCCGGCGUCAGCCAGUCAUACCCAACCUCGAAGUGUGGCACACCCGAGGCUCGAACUCGCGACCUUUUUGUUAGAAGUCCACGCCUCUAACCACUGGGCCACGUGCCCGUUGUCCUAUCGUUUUUCGAUCGGGAAUAUACAAUGGUAGGGGGGAGGGCUCGAGAGAGAGAGUCCAUAAGGCACAACGGAACGAGCGAGUUCCGUAAGAACGAUCGGUGAGCGCCUCCUACUUAUGUGUCCCUGGACCGCAAUUAGCUAAAAUGACCCGGCUUUCAAGAUAAGGAGGUAGAACGCUGGUAAUUACGGUAGCUUUGCUUCGCAGGUUCACCUGUGUGAUUUACUUUUAAUAAACACGUGUGAGUCAGAAAGUGGUUGGCACCGCCCUGAGCCGUGCUACGUCGGCGAGAAUCGGGCGGGCACAUCAGAGGUCACCGUUACUGCCGGACAUGUCGGUCCUUGAGUAAGAUUGAACUCUAAGGCUUCUCAUCUGGGUUUAGAGUACUUUGAUUCCUAACCGUUGAUUUAGCUUGUCUCCCUUGUUUUUCGCACGUUUAGAACGUAGAGAAUAGCCUACUCCAGGAUGGGUCUUAGUGGUGAACUUUUAUACGUCUUUCUGACAAUGUAGUUUUCAAUACCCCUUGACGCAUUCGAAUAGCCGUGGGACUCCUCAUGCUCGCAUCUUUUCGUUGUGACCCACUAAUUUUGUUUCCUUGCGACACUCCUUCCUAACUGAUUGCACUAGGCUAGCCCGAAUCGCUGAUAACACCCAAUUUGGUGAUACAUUCUGUGCGCAUUAUUUACAUCGCAAUUUGUUGUUGUAAACGAGAUCAAGUUUUUGGAAAUUUAUCAAACAUAAAUAUGAGUUGCAAGCCGUGAGUUCGGGUCUAGUCCCCGAGUUGCCAGUUUGUGCUCGUGUAGGAGGAGAAACUGGCCACAGUUUUGACUUUCAAGGAUCAACCGUCAUAAGCUGGGGCACCUCAAGGACAGAACGUUUCAUACUUCAGGCUUGGUACUCAGAUGCAACUUCCAUCAACCGGGCAUUUAGACCUUCCUGCGACCUAUAAAGUCGUACAUCACUACAUACGCCAGGAUCAGGACAAGACCGUUACACAGAGCUUAAAGAUACCGAGCGAAUAUAGCCCAUCGACUAAUUCACCUGAAAGGGCAGCACAGGUGCAACUGACCCCCAUUGAGGUGAUGGCGUAUAACGCAGGAGGCCGCCAAGAUUCACAAAUAAUGGCCAGAAAGCCAGUCCACCAAAAGAGGAAGAAGAUUGAUCAGCCCAAGGCCGACUAUCUCGGUCGGUUAUUUAAAAUUCUGGUCGAUUCCUUGCACAAGGCGCUGUCGUAAUUGAGAACCGGCCAAGGCCUGUGAAACGUCAGUCAUGCAAUUCCUCUAAUCCGGUGAGCCCUGCACAUUUCUCACAUUACCGAUCCGAAUCUCUUACGUUUGCUAACCAGAGCGUUUUCAAUAUCGCUAAUGUCGGUUCGUAUUUUUCUUCAAACUCUUGUUGUAGACGAACUUGUCGACCAGCAGACCUCGGGUUUGGCUCGUGUUGUUAGAAAUCUGCGCAAAUUCUACACCCUUGUAAGCAGUACUCUCCUUCUUUACUGUUCGUUUCCGCUUAUUGUUGCUUAUUGUUGGUUUUAUUAAUAAAUUUGCCUUCUUAGCACACGCUUUGCGUCACCUUUUCGGAGCCAUCUCGGAAUAGCAUUACCACACCCUCUGCGCACAGCAAAGCCACCACUCUCAUGUGCAAACUCAGGCAAUAUAUCGGUGGCAUUAUCCUUCAGUUUUCUGAGGGUUGUCAGCGGGCGAGUAGUUGGUGGAAAGAAACAGAUAGAAUGCACAAGUGGUUUCUAUUUGGGAUAUUGCUUCCGUCAGCACAGUUAGUCCUUGGCAAGUCGAACCAGAACGUGCGGGUUAUUCCCCACCGAAGUCGUGGCUUGCUGGACAGUGGUCGCGUGGGGCGGCCUGGUCUAGGGGUGUUUCCUAUGGAUUUUGGAUUGGAUGACGGUGGACCGACCUUUCCGCCGACCCCCUUCUCCUUACAACAGUUGAAGAUUCCAGGCUCGUUCUAGGCGUUAGUGGCUGAGGUUUGGCACGAUGGCAGGUAACAUCCGACAUUCAUUUCAACAUGUAGCCCUUUUGUAGGUAGUCGGUUUGUCCUGUCUCGCCUGAAGGUAAUACCUCUGCAUGCUAAGUGACUACUUAUUUAUCAGACCCGAUAGUCUGAUGUAUUUCUAACUCGCCUUCGAAGGUCGUCUCUUUUUUCGUCAUCUUUAGACUUGCUGCUAAAUCCGCAGUCAAGCCUCACCUUCCCGAAGCCCUUGCUAUCACGAAGCGUAUAAGUUGGGACGGUCUUGCGCCGAGGAGUGUUUUUUAAUCUACUUACAUACCUUCUGCUCAAAGCAAGCGCGUAGUCCACAGAGUAUGCAGACUAAAACUUUAGUCAAAAAUGCGCCCCUCCCUCGCCGUAAGGAAGUUUACAUGGUGGACACGCUCCACUUAUGCUGUGAUACUUGUAAGUAGUAGUACUAAACGUCUUUCGGUCGUUUUACGCCAGAAAAGGGCAAGCAGCCUUGCCAGGCAAACGCGCACGUAAUGCCAAAAAUUUCGGCAACACACAAGGUCUUGGCACUGCGGUUACCACGCCGAUUUUUUGGCAUGUUCCCAACAAUCUUGUCAGUAGUUUGUCGAGGCAAUAAGACUUGACGGAGGAGCGAGCGGUUGCUAUUGAUGUUCCUUGCUACCCAGGAGGGUUUUCUCCCCAGUUAGAUUUCGCUGAGAUGACUCGAUAUUUUUCUCAUCAGGCAUCACUGUGACAGUAGCCCUCAAUUGUGUUUUAUACGUGCACUGAAUUAUAAGCGGGAAGACCUGCACAACGCCCAAUUUGCUCCACCCUCUUGCGCCUAUCAUGCCCCAAUGGCAAGUCGAGACCAAGGCAACCAUAGGUGAGCCCGGGUGCGGCAGCUGAUCAGUCAUAAAGCUCCCGUCUACGCGUGCCACGACACGGCUGGCCUAUCAACCCACGCGAACUUGGCAUCACUCAAUUGGGUUCCGCGUUAAUGAGAGUUUCCACAAGGCCGCUUUAGAAAGGAGAUGGUUCAAUCUGAUCUCAACUCCUGAAAACCGAGUUGUGCCUCCACGUUUAAGGCUUCAUGAUAGUUUAAAUGCGCACUAGUUGGACCAUAGUGGAAAAGGUCGCGGAUGCUAGUGAAUUGUGGGAAUUCUCAUUGGAAUAUUCUUUCUUGGUAGUACAUGGUGCAGGUGGGGAAAGUAUUAUCAUCCACCAGGCACAUUUUUCAUCGCAUAGGUUGUAUCCUCCCGAAAUAUCUGAAACAGGACACUUUAAGGAUAUAAGGUUGCUUUCUUUCCCUUUAUCGAGAAAAACUGUUAUAGUCCAAAGUAUCGACCGCCUAUGCCUUUCUCAGCCUACCCUACCGAGGACUACCUUGCGGUCAACAGUAUACUGUGGGCUGAACUGCCGUCGUUCAGUUUAAAAUAGCAGUACGUGCGAAUUCUUGAGCGCCUGCGCUCAGAGUCCAAAUGAUACAUGAACUUUAGUCAAGAAUGAGUCCUCGAGAUGUUUUUUCUACCAUACUUCCUCAAUAGAUCACGCCUUUGCAGACUUUUUGGGAAAACAGUAUGGUUUUAGCUCAGUGGAGGUCAUUUAUUCUACAAGUAGCCGCAUGCAUAGCUCUCCUCCAUCGAGCUGACGUGACAUCGUAUCCUUCAAGUCAGUGUGAUGGCCAGUCAUCCACCUAUACACCGUGAUAGCUGAGCUUCACCUAGUUCUACUACCUUCUUCAAAAUUUCUGCAUUGCAUCCAAACGGAUAUCAUUCGCUGGAUUUUUGAGGCCUCACUCUUAUUUAACCUAUGAAUUAUAAUUCGUUGCGCAUAGGGUAGUUUCAACGUGUUGUAUGAUUUACGGCAGUUCGAUAGGCCUUAGCUUCGAGGUCCACUACCGUCUGGGGGACGCAGCUGUGCCUUCCGUCUGAAUUUUUGCAUACUGACUCGGACUUGCAUGGCACCCGCCUCAACCCCUUCUUUCACACUCACCGCGUUAUAAUGACAGGAGAAAGUAAAGGCAAUCGGGGGAGGACACAGUGGCUAACGAAGCCGAAUAGUUCACACACACGCGACACUCGGGCAUAUUCUCUCAAAGAGACAGGAGGCCUCGGAUCCCCAUCCGAUAGUUCCAUAAAGGCUACAUUAAAAAGGACUCGUUGCAGCUUCACCCUCGCGUUAACCGAGAACCGAGCUAUUUGUUCAUUUUAUGGUCUUUCAAGUCUCAACUUCAGCGUGUCGAAUAUUUUCAGGCCCGUCGGAUUUUAGGUAGGGCAUGGGAGUGUGGACUCCCUGUAUUACAUGGGCCUUGCACUACAUUUGAGAGGGGAGUAGAGUUGGGAGGGUUAGGGUUAUGAAUGGGUGUUAGUUUAAGUUAUGGCACGGAGAUAGUUGUCCAUUGGAAUUUAGCGCAAGGCCAUCUAUUAUUGUACGGGGGGAGAUUUUUUUAUGCUAUAGGUAGCAAACUAAUGAACUUUCGUGAAAUACGUAAAAGAAUCACUGUAAUACGUAUCCCGCCCACCCCGCGUCCUCGAAAUCUUAUAGUGUUAAUAAAACGACGGUUCUUUAAAGGAACGCUUUUUUUGGUUCAAAAAUUACUAUUAGCUGAGAAAUAAUUUUCCUAGUCAAAAACCGGCAGUCCGGAAAACGAUCAUUUACAAGUCACUUUUUCAAUGGCAAAGCAUAACGCAGCAUAAGAAAUGUUAAUGUAUAAAAAAGAGGAAGUAAUCAAAGAUAAUAACAAACACAAGAUAUCAGUACUUAGCUGAUUGUCUUCUUGCCUGUAAUGCACUAGAAAAUUUGGCAGAUUUGGAAACAAAGGAGUCCUCUAUGACGGACUGGAUUGUGUAAUUUUAAUUUUUUUUGUGUCAGUUGGGUCUGUUGGCAGGAAUAAAAAUGGUUUGAAGCCCCCAGGCGGAAGUUCUGGCUGUGGUCUAAAAAAAUAGAUUAUAGUCAUAACCCUCAGACUUUGGAUGCCUAUUCAUUUCCCCAACUGUCAUGCACAGGAACAACCACGGGAACUUCGUAUUCGACCUCUCACCCUUCUUUUGUUUUUCUCCCAAACAGCUUCAGGAGCGUAAAUUUCAGUCGGCGCUAAACUUUUUGGAGGAAAACUUUGCGGCUUGGUUGUCGGCUGUAAAAGGUAAAUUGUGCAUGCUUCGGUGCGUCAGCCCUCUGUUAUUUGAAAUGGAGUUUUCAACGUACUACAUACCAUGCCACAAGACUUUUCGGUCUGGUUUGACCUCCGCAAUUUUGUGUUAGCGUUCGCUCUUGUUCAGGUCUACUUCACUUUUUAGCCGAAACACCCUACCGACCCAUAACGGUGGAAAACCACAGAAGGAAUGUUACCAUUUGGACGCACUCAAAUAAUUUGUGUAUUGGUGUUUUUAGUGAGGUCAGACCUUAAAUUUUGCCCUACGAAGUCCUGACGAGGCUAGCGGGGAGGAGGAUUCACGAAGUGGCAUACUCAGAAGUUUGUCGGAGGCUAUGAAGGAAAGUAUGUAGCGUCUUCCGAGGCGGCUUUGUUGCUAUUAGACCACAAUUGACCACUACAACGGGAACUUUACGACAUGUGUUCUCCCAAAAAGAUGUAGAGGACUUUCAGUUCGAUAAAAAAAUUGUUCAUAAAUAAUGUCACUUAAGCAGUGCGGAGCACUACAAAUAACCAAGAUCUGAGUUGAAAUUAUGGAAGGCACAAUUGACCUGGAAUCUAUAUCUGGGACAACAAACCACGUCUUAGUGCUGACAUUUCUCCCUCCUAGCACGCGGGCUUUGAAGCGCAGCGGUUUUUCAGACAAGGAGUGGGUUUGUAUUUGUCGGCUUAGUAAUAUUCAUAAGGGUACCUGGCAAAUAAAUGAUUCAGUAAGAACAUUUAUAUCUUCCCAAGGUAAUUUGUCUCCUCUGCGUCAUCAAACAUGUGUCACCUAUAGCACAGGGUUUUACCACGCCUUAGGAACUUCCGGAAAGCAGUCUAAUGAAGAAAAAAACUUGUCGAUAACCUGUACCGAGGAAGUCCUGAGAAGGCAGAGGCAUGUACGGACGUCGGGAAUUUGAGAUAAGACUGCAGGGCCUAAGGCCUAUGUCGACGUGAUUUAACUUCCCACAUAACAUUAUGCCGUGAAACUAGUUUUUUUCAAAAAAGACCUUAACAAGAUGGACAUUUCAGCUCAGCGCUUGGGAAGAGAUAGGAGAUUGAUAAAGGUGAUACUUUUAGAGCUUUUUCACACUUUAUUGCAAGCACCAGCAACCUGAUAUGAAAGAGUAAGAGAGUGUACUUAUUAGACUGACUAUCACCGAGGAUAACUACGACUCCACCGCCACAACUUUAUCGGGCAGACUUUGUAUCUAUACGAAAGCGGCAGAAUGGGUAUGAUGACAUUACUUGGAUAGCAAUGCCAGAAUUCAGUUGUGUCUCCCUGAAAACAGAAUAAUCAGACCUGUGUAGGUUCUAUUUCCGAAGCUCCUAGGCAAAAACUGAAAUUUCCAUCUCCGAUACUGGUCAGUUAGCGAUGGUCCCACGAUGAUCUUGGCUAGCAGCGUGUGAGCUCACGUAAUAAGAGCGACGUGCCAGAGACACCGACGCCUUCGCGACUGUAGAGAGGCUGGUCGAUAGUCUCAGGACGGACGGCUGCAAUAACUCGGUCGUAGAUUACCUUUGGACUUGGCAUGAGAGCCGAUCGAUAAAUUUUUCGGGUCUCCAACUGUGCUCUUAAAAAGCUAUGGUAACUGCGACUCAGCAUCCCAAAUUAAUGUUCCCAAAGCAAAGACAGUGUAGUCUUAAAGCGUGGCCGUAGCACGACGACAAAAAGGUACUUAGCGCACUGAUUUCUGACGAGAUGAAGGACUGCAAUUGUGAAUCUCCAGUAUCUAAAAAAAGGCGCACAUGGAAUGCCGAGGGACCCACUGAUGAGCCGAGCCCCUCGCAGCUAUGUCAUGCAGCGGCGGAAAAUCAGUGAAACACGUGCCUGGGUAUUUAGCUGGUACCUUUGCUGUCAGUUUGGUAUAUCACGCAACAUGGGAUAAGCGGAUAGGAAAUGGUAACCCAUCCAGAGGCCCCCUCAAAAGUACUGAAUUGAAAUGCUGCAGACGUGUUUUGUUUUACUAGCCCACGCGCAUUAAAAUAUUGCUGCCAGAAGCAGAGCCACUCUGCAUUAGCUCUGGCCGAGCAGACUUUUGAUCCCACUUCUCCCCCCCCCCGCUCACUUCUUUAUACUCACCCGCAGGACAUGUCCAUUACAGUGCAUGUAUUCCUUUUCAGCCGACGACACUCCAGAACGUCAAAAAGCCUUCAAAUUUGAGGUGGGUUCUCCUGUAGCCUCUUUUUCCGUAGAUUUUGCUCCGUCUCGGUUUUUCCAUCUAUUAUUCGGAAACACUGGAAGACUGUUUUAAGCAGAGGUCGCCUAUUUUGUCGAACCGGCGGGAAUACAGUGUCGCAACACUUAGAAUUGUCUAUUCCCCCACCAGCCUGUCUUACGGGCGGACUACUACUACUACUACUACUACUACUACUACUACUACUACUACUACUACUACUACUACUACUACUACUACUACUACUACCACUACUACUGCUACUACUACCACUAA